GCCUUUUUUUUUUGUAACCAAGAGUGGAAAAAGGAAGCGAGCGUGAAAAACAACGAUUUGAGGCUUGGUGGAAUUUAUUAAAUCUUAAAAAAAAAAUAAAAAAACUGAAAAAAAGAAUAAACAAACGAUAAAACGGUGUAAAAAGUUAGGAGCUGAAGAGCGCCGAAGAGGAGCAGCAGUGAAGUUGAUGUCCAUCCAGACCAUGUCCAUGCCUGUAGACUUCUUGUCUGAGGAGCAGUUCUCCUGCUCCAUCUGCCUGGAGAUUUUCACCAACCCCGUAUCCACACCAUGUGGCCACAGCUUCUGUCAAUCCUGCAUCACAUCGUACUGGGACAGUCGUGGCACGGCCUGCCUCUGUCCACUGUGCAAGGAGAGCUUCCACAAGCGGCCAGAGCUCCACAUCAACCACACGCUCAAAGACAUCACAGAGCAGUUUAAACGAAUGGCGGACAGCUCUGGAAGCCCUGGGAUCUCCACCAGUGCCCAAGCGGAGAGCUCUCAGUCUCCUCAGCUCUCGCAGAAAAUGAGCGGUGGGCCAUCUCGACCUGGAGAGCUUCCCAGAGGGCUGCUGAAGGAAAUGAAGAACAGGUUCCAAAGGACAUCUUCCAGUGGGAAUUUGUUGGAAACGUCAUUGUCGUCGUCUUCAUCAAUGCCUUCAUACGAGGCCAGCAGGAGGAGGUUCAGUGCUAGCGCGUCCGGACCAGCGAGCUCAACCACACCACAGUGUAGCAAGCAUGGACUUAGCCUGGAUAUGUUCUGCAGGAAAGACCAGAUGUGUGUGUGCUCAUUGUGUGCCGAGGGCGACCACCAUGGCCACUCUGUGGUGCCGGCGCGGCGGGAGAUGACGGUUAAGAAGUCUCAGCUUGGGGUCAUGGAAGAGGAGGUGCAGAGUUUAAUCACAGCCAGAGAGAAGAAGAUUGAAGAAAUUCAAAUGUCCCUUGUCAACAUUCAAGUGAACACACAGCACGAGGUGGAGAUCACGGAGAGCAUGUUCCGUGCCAUGAUCAGUUCUUUGGAGAGAUCUCAGGCUGAGAUGUUGGAGGUAGUGCAGGUGGGCCGUGCUGCUGCGGAACUCCGUUCACAGGCCCUGAUCCGGGACCUUCAGCUGGAGAUCACUGAGCUGAGGAAGAGGAGCAGCACGCUGUCUCAGCUCUCUCAGACCCCCGACCACCUCAGCUUCUUCAAGACAUAUCCAGCCCUCUCUGCUGGACCUCCGUUGAAGAGCUGGACAGAUGUGACUUUGACGCCUGACCCCACAGCUGGAGUAGUGCUUAAAAACGUCACUCAAAUUGUGGACAAACUCCAGGACGAGCUGAGGAAGCUGCCACAGAUCUGUCUACAAUCAGCGAUGGAAUCAUCUAUAAAACAAGAACCCCGACUUUGCAAAAUGCAGGACUAUGCAUUGGACGUUACUCUGGACCGAGACUCCGCCCACCCUAGACUGAUGAUCUCCGAGGACUGUAAGCAGGUCUACUGCAGUGACCGGCAUCAAGCCGUGAUGGACACGCCCGAACGUUUCGACCGUGUGGUGUGUGUGCUCGGCUGCCAGGGCUUCAGCUCAGGUCGCCACUACUGGGAGGUCUACGUGGGUGAGAAGACAGACUGGGACCUGGGUGUGGCUAAUCGCUCAGUCAACCGCAAGGGGAAGAUCUCGGUCAGUCCUGCUAACGGCUACUGGCUCCUGAGUCUGAGAGAAAAUAAUGAAUUUGCCUUCCGCGCCAGUCCGUCAAUGCCCAUUUACCCCAACCCCAAACCUCAGAAGGUUGGGAUUUACAUUGACUAUGAAAAAGGACAGGUGUCCUUCUAUAACGCUGACACCAUGGCACUGAUUUACACCAAUGUCUACUUCUUUACUGAAACAAUAUACCCGUGUUUCAGCCCCUGCACCAACAAAUCUGGUAAAAACGAGGGCCCUCUUGUCAUUUGUCCCAUCAGGCCAGCUUAGUAAAGACCAACACUUUUAAACUCUCUUAGAAUUUGCUAAUUUCCAUGACCAGUAGUGAUUCCACGAUGAGCUUUAUUAGCUAGAGCUACAUUAGUCGGCUUGGAUGGAGGAGGACUGGAGUGGAGAAGAGUGUUUUUUGCUGUGUUUUUCACUGCAUUAGAAAUCCUCAUUAUCAUACCGUUAGGAAUGACCAGAGUCACUAAUCGCCAAGAACAACCUGCUGGAUAAGACAGUUAUAUUCACUUUCAUUACAUUUUUCAUCUAGCUGUUAGCAAUGAUACUGAGUCAUGUGUUGAAGAUGUUAUGGUUGCUGGUAUGAGUUGCAUGGAGGGGGCAGGAAGUGGGUGUGUCUCAGUGCUCAGCGCUCGCAGAACCACAGUGGCUCUCCUGGGGGGAUCGUUAAAAUCGCUGGUCUUCUGAGCGCAAUAGCUCUGCUGUUCGGUGUGGGAGCAUGUUGCUGCGAGAACGGACAUGAUGUCAGACCAACACUAGUGUCGGGAUCAGUGUUGAUGCGCACCUAUUUUUUUGUUACUACUCAUAUUGUUUACUCAUAAAAUGUAUUAUUAUACAGAAAACAUUUGCAUAUGUGUGUGUGUGUGUUGUUCAAAUAACAUAUUGUAAACAUAUUGCACAUCUAUAAGAAGAGUCUCUACCAUUAUGUGAGUUAUUAUAAAAUGAAAAUCUAUAUAAAUAAAAGAAAGGUUUUGUCUGUA